GGUAUGGUUCCCAACUUUUCUUGAUUCCUGUAUAAAUAACAAGUCAAAGUUCAGUGAAAAAUUGCUUGAAGUUAAGAAAAAAUUCCAAUUUCCGAAAUUAAUUAAUCUUCGUAAUAGUAAAAAAAUAUUAGGUUCUUUAAUUAUAUACGUUCCCAGGAAAGUAUAUAGUUGGAAGAUAGCAACCUCUUCAAUAUAUAGUUCCCUGAAUAUUAAUUAGAUAAUUAAAUAAAGUCGGUUAAAAACUUUUUGCGUCUCUCAGAAGUUGGUAGUGGGAGGUCCGAAGGGUUGUGGUGGGGUGUUCGCCAAACCUUCCAAUCAGUCACAAGAAGCCAUCGUACCCGAACUUCAUUUGUAGAAUAUGAUCAAAAUGGAUUUUCCACCCAUGGAAGAUACAAUUAAUAAAUCCAGUUGGUGUUUCAACCAGGCCAGUAAUACUGAUGAAAGUGAUGGAUGGAGGAAACUCUGUGCAACUGAUUGUAAUGGAAAUAUCCAAAAUAUUGGAAACCCAAGUAAGACUAGUAAGUGUUAUAUAAAUCAUAACAGUGUUCAUCGUCAUCCUGAAGCUAAAAAAGUAAAUAAAGGAGAGAUCAAGAAGUCUAAGGAAUCAUCUAUUCAUCCAGGUCCAGAUUUUUUCCAAAAUGUCUUAUUGAAAAUGUAUCCGAAUAAAUUCGAUUCAGUUUUUGAUAGAACAAAUACUUUUUCAUCCAAGGAAAAUAUUACCCUAAAAGAUAGAAACAAUAAGUUGGUAAAUUCUGAACUUUCCUACUUUUCUGACAAGACUUCCACUGAUCUUGGUUUGUCAAAACUUCUUGAAAAUGACUCUGAAGACUGUAACUCUAAAAAAUUUACUUUGUUCCCUGAAAAGUCUAAUUCUUCACCUUCUAUUUUGGAUGGUUUAAAUUCUUAUUUCAGGAAGAGCACUCCACCUAGGUCAAGGUGUCUUUCUGAUCCUCAGAGUAAACAACAAAGUUCUCUUACUCAGAAAUUAAAAGAGAAAUCUCCAGAAUCAGUUUUUAAUUGCAAAGAUAGCUUACCAGAUUUUGUCGCAUCUCGAAUUUCAUCUCUCAGAAGUAAGAUUGAUGAAUUAGAAUUAGAACAUAGAAUAAAGGAUGAAACUAUAAAUGAAAACAGUAAAUUACCUAGCAUUUUUACUGAUAAACAUUGCCAUGGUGCCAAUGAUCAUAAUUCCUCGCAACAGGAGAAAACCAUUGUCGGUGAAUCAUUUACACCGAUAUGUAGUCUAGUUCCUAAACGUUUAUUUGAUUCAUGCGCUUUCCAAGAUAACCAAACACUCGUAACUCCAGCAGAAAAUAAAUAUAUUUAUAGGAGAAAAGAAAAUGAUUCCUCUCCUCAGAAGCCUAAUAAUCCCUAUUCACUGGAUAUUGGAAAGGCUAAUCCAAAACUGGUUCCAUUUAAAAACAAUCCUGAUUUGUAUUCUUUCCAGCCACCCAACAUGUACCAUAGUUUAAACUACCCACCAAUAAAUCGACAAGCCUUCUAUUACGGUGUUGAUCCAACAGAGUUAUCUCAUGAGUGGUUAAAUUUUAUAAAAAAAUUUCAGUCCUUUUCAACCAGAAACGAAGAAAAUAGGUAUAGGACUGAAAGCAAUACUCCAGAAGUUCAAACUCAAGGAAAAAAGAAUUACAGAAAAAACAACCAAAACCAACAACAAUCAGCAAUGGAAUGUAAAUUUUGUAAAUCCAAUAUGGAGAGUCCAAAAAUGUAUAAGAGUCACAAUUUGAAACAAAGAAUUGGCAGGAGGACAUUAGUAACUUGCCCCGUUCUACGAAAAUUAGUUUGCGAGAGAUGCGGUGAGACUGGAGACAAUGCUCAUACAUUAAGCUACUGCCCCCGUGUCAUUGCUGAAUCAGGAAAAAAACCUGUUUCUGUUGCAGCUCAAUUAAAGAAAACUAAAAGAGUCGCGUCCGGAAAAAUGAGGAAGCCAUUUUAAUGAAUUAUCACCUUUUGUAAUUAAUAGUUCCUAAAUUUAAAAAGAAUCGUACUGAUCUUUUCCAUUAUUACUGUGAUACUAGAGUAGUUUUGUGUGAAUUCUACUUCAUUCAUAAUUAUUUACCUAUGAAAGUUACCCAUAUUAAACUGUCAAAAAUUAUGUAUAAAUUAAUAUUUAAUUAAAGGAGAGGAGCCAUUAUACAAUUUUCUUAAACAAAGUUGAGUAUAUUAUAAAAUAAAGCUGAAUUUCGGGUACGAUGCUUGUAGGGUAAGUAGGUGAAGUUUUAUGUCUUUUUGAGUCGUUGAUUAGUUGUAAAACAAAUUUGAAGGAAUCUCGUUGCUGUUAUUGAUUUGGAGCAUGAUGUCAUUGAUUUGGAGCAUGAUGUCAUUGACUUGUUGACUACAUUUAUGAACAGCUAUGGCCACUAUUAAUUUUUUUUUUAUGA